AUGGCGAGCCCCUCGCCCACCCGCAACCCCACCGAGGUGCAGAUGAGCCAGCUGGUGCUGCCCUGCCACACCAACCACCGCGGCGAGCUCAGCACCGGCCAGCUGCUCAAGUGGAUCGACAAGGCUGCCUGGAUCUCCGCCGAGAGACAUGCUGGCUGCCCAUGCGUCACGGCUUCCAUGGAUGAUAUCUAUUUUGAGCAUACCAUUAGCGAGCUGUAUAUAAACCCUCCUGGGCAGCGGGACGGGAAGAGCGGUGUCUGCGUUGGGCAAGUUGUCAACAUCAAAGCCAAAGUGAACCGAGCCUUUAACUCCAGCAUGGAGGUGGGCAUCCAGGUGAGCUACGAGGACCUGUGCAGCGGGAAGCACUGCAGCAUCUGCAAGGCGUACGCCACCUUCGUGGCACAGGGUCCCACCGGCAGCAAGGUGAAGCUGAAGGCACUGACCCCGCAGACGGAGGAGGAGAAGAUAGAGCACAGCAUUGCUGCUGAGCGCCGCCGCAUGCGGCUGGUCCACAAGGACACCCUCAAGGACCUCCUCACCCGCAGCCCCCGUGAAACCGAGCUGGAGACGCGGGACGGCAGCACAGCGGUGCCGGCGGAGAAGACGCGGGUGGAGAGCGUAGAGCUGGUGCUGCCCCCACACGCCAACCAUCAGGGCAACACCUUCGGUGGGCAGAUCAUGGCCUGGAUGGAGAAUGUGGCCACCAUCGCAGCCAGCCGGCUGUGCCAUGCCCACCCCACACUGCGGACCAUCGAGAUGUUCCACUUUCGGGGACCAUCACAAGUAGGGGACCGCCUGGUGCUCAAAGCCAUCGUCAACAAUGCCUUCAAAAACAGCAUGGAGGUGGGGGUCUGCGCCGAGGCGUACGGCCAGGAGAUGUCCAUCAGCCGAAGGCACAUCAACAGCGCUUUCAUGACCUUUGUGGUGCUGGACCAGGAGGGCCAGCCCCGCACCCUGCCGAUGGUGGCACCCGAGCCGGGGGAUGGAGAGAGGAGGUACAGAGAAGCCAGUGCUAGGAAAAAAAUUCGGCUGGACAGAAAAUAUGUCAUCUCCUGCAAACAGACCGAGGUGCCGCUCUCCGUGCCCUGGGACCAAAGCAACAAGGUUUAUCUGAGCUACAACAACGUCUCUGCGCUGAAGACGCUCGUGGCCAAAGCGAACUGGGCGCUCGCCAGAGAAAAGGAAAAGGUGCGGAUGUACACGCUGGAGGAGGACAAGUUCCUCUCCUUCCGCAUCGAGAUGUCGGUCUGCAUCGCCGCCAGUCAAGCCUUCUCCCUGCUCUCUGACCUGCGGCGCCGGCCUGAGUGGGACAGCCACUACGCGAGUGCCGAGCUCGUCCAGCAAGUAGAUAACGACGAUAUGAUCUACCACGUGGUGAGCCAGACACUCAGCCAUGAGAACAAGCCACAGGAUUUUGUCAUCCUGGCAUCCCGACGGAAACCCUGCAGCAAGGGGGACCCCUAUGUGGUGGCCUUUCGGUCGGUGACGCUGCCCACCCACCCUGCCAGCACCGGCUUCACGCGGGGGGAGACGAUCUGCUCUGGUUUCUGCAUUUGGCCGGAGUCAGAGGAGAUGAGCAAGGUGGCUUACUACAACCAGGCUACACCAGGGUACCUCAACUAUGUCACCACCAACGUGGCGGGACUGUCCUCCAACUUCUGUGCCACCUUCAAAGCCUGCGAGAAGUUCCUGCUGAGACCUGAUCGUGCGGCUGUAGGACCUCUAGAGCCACGGCACCCCUGCUGA